AUGGACCCGCGGCGCCGGUGUCUCGAGGAGCAAUUGCAAAGAAAAGAAUCGGAAGCUACGGAGUUGCGUCGAAACCUCCGCGAACUGGGGGCCAAGUUUCAGCAGCUCGAGCGAGCUUUCGAAAUCAACUUGCAGUCGCAGGUCUAUUUGGAAGUUGAGCUUAAUCGCGUGCAACUCGAAAGCGAAGAGCUUCGGGAGCUUAACGCCAAGGCUGCGCGAGCGAGAACGAAAUUGAACUCGAUACUAAUGAAUGCAAUAACUGAGAGGGAUCAUUGGAACAACGCUUUCCUACAGCAAAGAGAACUUGUUAAAAGAGACAAAAUUGAACGCGAAGGCACGGUGGCGCUAGUUAAACGAGAAUGCGAGAAUAUUUUGAAGACGACCCGAGAAACUGCAAAGAGACGAAUUCACGAAAUAGUAGAGCUUUACGACGAGGCUAAGGAAAAGGUGACCCGAUUAGAGGAACGUGUAGAAACGUACGAAGCUUUCGAACGUGAAUACGAAAACCGUGGUUUCGAGCUGGCGAAUUUACUUGAAACUUUAAAACGUUUCGACGUGGAUGUCGGCUCUGUCUGUCAACUCGCGGCGGAGGCUUUAAAGAACUUGACCGAACGGGGGAACUUAUUCGAAGAAAGCAUGAAGAAUCUCAGGCAUCUCGCCUGGACCGUAAAAGACAGAAAGGACGAACCGCAACUGGUUUCAUUAAGGGAGCAGAAUUCCGUUUUGAGAGAGAUAGUGAAGAAUCUUAAAAAAAAGUUUCAGAUGCUCGGCCAAACGCACGACGAAAUCCCGGUAAAAGAAGCUACGAAACAACACGAACGUAUGCUCCUCGAAAAUGAGAUAAAUCCUCGAAAUAUUAAUGGACACUUGUCGGACGAGCGAUUGUCGGACGUAAAUGCAACGGAAAAUCCUAUAAACCCGUCAAUUCGCGAGAAUAAUAACGAUUACGACGCGAAGAAACGCAACGGACGCGGUGCAAUUGAAACGCGUACAAUGACCGUUGGGUACAAGAGCGAGAAUCGAAGCGAGCAGUUCGAUAUCGAACGUACGAUAAUCGAUAAAUGCGGGAAACUGUUGUGCAUUGAGACCCAUUCAAACGGCGUGGUAUACGAAGAGUACGUGUUCAAAUUAUCGACCGAGCGAGAAAUAAAAAUCAAAUAUCCGAUUUUAUUGAAUAACGACGAGGCGGUUGUUAGGUUGGAGUUCGUGGAUAACGAAAACGAUUACGAAGUGGCGCCGAUGGACAGAAUGUUGAUAUUAUUCAAAAACGUGUGCGUGAAUGUGAACGUCAAGCAAACCGGUGUACCGUGCAGCACGCAAACUACAAAGAUAAAAACCUCCAACAUCUUUACGCAAACGACGGUUACUGGAGUAAACUCGUUUUCUCGUUUAAACAUGGGCGCCACGGUGAGUGAAAUGAAUUUCCACUUUUCUCACUUUGAAAUUGCACAUUUGAAAAUUUGGUUAUUUUACUAA